CCCCUUCCUCCCCGGCCCCCCACCCCAAUUCAACAGAUGCAGUUUAUGUUGCUUUUCAGUCGCCAGGGGAAACUGAGACUCCAGAAGUGGUAUGUCCCAUUAUCUGACAAAGAAAAGAAGAAAAUCACAAGGGAACUUGUCCAAACAGUAUUAGCCCGCAAACCGAAAAUGUGCAGCUUCCUGGAAUGGAGAGACCUGAAGAUUGUCUACAAAAGAUAUGCAAGCCUCUAUUUCUGCUGUGCUAUUGAAGAUCAAGACAACGAACUAAUAACUCUAGAAAUAAUUCAUCGCUAUGUAGAACUUCUUGACAAGUAUUUUGGCAGCGUAUGUGAACUUGAUAUCAUCUUCAAUUUUGAAAAAGCCUAUUUCAUUCUGGAUGAGUUCCUUUUAGGAGGGGAAGUUCAGGAGACUUCCAAGAAAAAUGUUCUCAAAGCCAUUGAACAGGCAGAUCUUUUACAGGAGGCAUUUCAGUGAAGACACCAACUUUGCUGGUUCCAGGUUUCCAAGGGUGUGAAACACUGGAAGACAUGAAUUGUCUUCAUGAAUACAUAUCAUGCCAACAGUCCACGUCAUGAAUACUUUAAUGUCCCAGUGUACUAAAUGGCUUCAUUCAUCAUGCAUGCAGAAUUUCAGAGGAGAUAGACCUGUGACUUACUCAUGACAGGACAUUAUCAUCAGCUUGGUGAAUCCAGUCAUCUUGAAUCUAACAGAAUGCCACAACCAUUCUCUGCUGUUGUACUUCCCUCUUCCCCUUCUGUUUUACAGUAUUGUCUCUUCACAUGUCUCUUUUCAACAGAACUUGUGCUUGUUGGCAUAUGGUUUUAACUUUAUGUGUAAGCUUGAAGUCUUAUGCUUAAAAGUUCUGUAGAAUUUUCCGAGCUAAAUAUCUAUAUACUGCAACACCUAUACUGUAACAUUACUUGACCUGUGUUUAUCUUGCAAAUAAGUUGUGGUGGUAUUUAAACAUACUUAAAACCCGUAGAUGAAGUUAGUAUUUACAGAGAAACUAAUGAAGUAGUAGUAUGCAAACUGUGUAAACACACAAAUGUUAAAU